UACUGCUGAGGGUCAUUUAUUUCCUUACUUUUGGAGGCAUACACUGAUCCUGCAUAACAUUAUGACCACCUUCCUAAUAUCGUGUAGGUCUACCUUGUACCUCCAGAACAGCUGUGACUCAUCAGAGUGGACAUGGGCCUUCUGAGGGGAUCCUGCGGUGUCCGGAGGCACAAGCGAGACCUGCACUAUAUUAGUCAUAAUGUUAUUCCUGAACUGUGUAUGAUCAGUUUAUUCCGUAUGGUCAGUGAUAGCUUUAGGGAACCACUGACACUGUUUUGGGGUUAAGAACAGAACUGGGGUUAAGCUUAGAGGAAGUCCGGAGAGAGGAGGAGAAAGAGAGCGAGUUCAGCACUAGACAGUUCCCAUCAAAUCCAAACAGGCAGAGCAGAGCCGAGCAGGCGGCGGCGGGGGGGUGAAGCGGACAUGAUCCAAUCAAUCUCUCACUGGAUAUGUCCCUGCAUGGCGGCUCCGUGGGUACAGUCCAAUCACAGUUGUUGAGCCUGCAGCGGACUCGCCACCUCGGUAAGCUUUUUGCUUUCCAGUAAAUGCUUAACCCCUUGGCUGCUGCUGAAAGAGAAUGCUGCACAAAGGGAGAAAAGCCCAGAGAACCCAGAGAGAUCAGUACCUCUUCCUUCUUUCCAAGAUGUGUAGAGUAGAUGUUGCUCGUAGGAGCUGUCUUCUGUAGUUCUUUCGGUUUUGCAUAGGCACGGGAGCUUUUGCUGCAACAAUUGGCGCCAAACUGUGCCACUGUGAAUGAUAUUCAGAUGUUCAAACAACGGAAAAGUCUUCCUCCGGUUGUGAGGAGAGAUUAUGCAUGCAGACAACAUAUCAUACACCCCUCUCCUGCAUAUUUGAGAGCUUCAAACGAGACACUAGAUGGCAACCAAGUUGAGCGGGAGAGACGGCGUGUGUGUAUGUGUGUGUGUGAGUGCGCGUGAGAGAGGAAGGAGAGUGAGUUUGUGUAUGUGUGUGAGAGAGAGAGAGAAAGGAGGGGAGAGGUGGGGGGAUGAAUUACGUCGGCGUGGGACAGUGGAGGGACGGUCUGCUCAUGGUACUCAGUUUGCAGCUGGAGGCGAACUGCAGUGAGGGGAAACAACUGAACAGCGGGGAAUGAGAUUAAUGCGCAGGUACAAAAAAAAAAUGCUCGCUCACAGUUGGAUGCAUGAGUAACAAAUUAAAUAGUUUGAACUUGCAGAUUAGAUUGUCGUUACACGGUGGGAAUAGGACUGCAGCGGAGGGAGAGCAAGACAAGAUGUGCUGCGUCCGUGGUGCCACCGGUGCGCCAUCUGGGGACAGAGCGAGCGGCGACGCGCUGACACCCCGGUUUUAGAUGGCUCCAACAUUUGGGGUGCAAAACAGGUGUCAGGGAAGUGUCGUCACGAACCCCGGAAGCCGGAGGAGGUGGGAACAUCAGAGGGAAAGAUGGCAGCGAAAUCCGAUGGUCGCGGGGUCGUCACCGGUUUCGCCCAGCUGCACAACCUGGACGAGGUGGUGGGAACGGGAGAGGACGACACUCGGAACGGCAGCUCAUUCCACAUCUGCCACUGCUGCAACACCUCGUCGUGCUACUGGGGCUGUCGGAGCGCCUGCCUGCAUUACCUCCGGGGGAAGGGAAAGGGGAAAGGGAAGGGGAACGAUGCGGCGCGACCACCGCAGGAGGAGCGCCUCUGGCUGGACUGCCUGUGGAUCAUCCUGGCACUGCUGGUGUUCUUCUGGGACGUGGGGACCGAUUUGUGGCUGGCCAUCCACUAUUACCACAAGCAGAACUUCCUGUGGUCGGGCCUGACUCUGUUCUUCGUGCUGGUGCCCUCGGUUCUGGUCCAGAUCCUGAGCUUCAGGUGGUUUGUCCAGGAUUACACUGGGGGAGGACUGGGUUGCGUGGAGGGGCUGAGUAGUCGCAGAGCUACAGCCAGUUUGCAAAGAGACAAGUGCUGCCGCCUCUCUGUCUGGGUCUGGCAGACCGUCAUACACAUCUUUCAGAUGGGACAAGUGUGGAGGUACAUCCGAACCAUGUACCUUGGCAUACAGAGUCACCGGCAGAAGGAGAACCAGCGACGCUUUUACUGGGCUAUGAUGUACGAGUAUGCCGAUGUCAACAUGCUGCGACUGCUAGAGACCUUCUUAGAAAGUGCCCCUCAGCUGGUGCUGCAGCUCUGCAUCAUGAUCCAGAGCAACAAGGCUGAGUGGCUGCAGUGUGUUUCUGCCAUGUCCUCUCUCCUGUCCCUGGCCUGGGUGCUAGCCUCUUACCACAAACUCCUGCGUGAUUCACGUGACGACAAGAAGAGCAUGAGUUACCGAGGUGCCCUGGUGCAUCUGUUCUGGCGCCUUUUUACCAUCUCUUCACGGGUGCUCUCCUUUGCCCUAUUUGCCUCUGUUUUCCACAUCUACUUUGGCAUUUUUGUGGUGCUCCAUUGGUGUGCCAUGGCUUUCUGGGUCAUCCAUGGCGGCACCGACUUCUGCAUGUCCAAAUGGGAGGAGGUACUGUUCAACAUGGUGGUGGGAGUGGUCUAUGUCUUCUGUUGGUUCAAUGUGCGGGAGGGCCGGACGCGGUAUAGAAUGGUGGCCUAUUACACAGUAGUACUGUUAGAGAACGCCAUCCUCAGCUCCCUUUGGUAUGCGUACCGCGACCCAGCCACCACUGACGCCUAUGCCUCUUUUGCCCUCUGUGGCGUCUUCCUGUGCUUUGCCUCAGGUGUGGCCUGUAUGGUUCUCUAUUAUGGGGUUCUACACCCCAUGGGCCCCCGACUAAGGGUCCUGGCCAGCUCCUGCUGUGCUGAGCUGCUGUGGGGCCUUCCAUUACCCCCUGAAGCUGAGCCAAUGGCUCCCACACCAGGGCCCCGUGGCUCCCAGGCCACCCCCACACGGGGUCUGGCAGGGGAACACGUGGAGUCAGACGAAACAGCCACGGACACCUGCCUUCCGGUUUUCCAGGUGAGGUCCACAGAGCCUGUGGAUGCAGCCGGUAGGCCCAUCCGACCUGAGGGUCCACUCAUCAAGAUAGACAUGCCCAGAAAACGCUACCCAGCCUGGGAUGCACACUUUGUGGAUCGGCGCCUGCGCAGGACCAUAAAUGUGCUGCAGUACAUUAGCCCUAACGCGGUGGGCAUCAGGUAUAGGGACGGUCCACUUCUUUAUGAACUCCUGCAGUAUGAAUCCUCCCUCUGAAGGCAUUUUCUCCCACAGCUCUGCCAUCCCCUCUUUACACACAAUGAUGCACACACGUUUCCUUUCUUUGAUUUCUGCCGUCCUCCUCUCCACAUAUUAUCUCUUUCCAUUUGACAUUUGGCUCUUUCCUUCCCCCCUCUAUUCAAUGUUCCUGCAGGAGACGUGUGUUUUGUCAACCGAAAAUCUGUUAAGACAGUCUAAACACACAGUCGCAAUUUAUUUUUGAGAAAAAAAAAUAUACAGUCUAGAGAAAAAAAAUAUGAACCUACAGUAUCUUAUGUGAUAUAUACAGAAGUCUCAUAUAAAUCCCUCUACACUGAUAAAGGAGGGUUCUGUAUGAGUGUGUAGAUAACAUAUGAAUGUUUCAUUAUGAAAUGUGUUUAAUGCAUUAUACUGUAUUGGUGAUUCAACCUGUGAAUACUUGUGAAGGGCAUAUUGUAUGUCCCUGUGACAUGGGACUAGCGCAAAGCCUGAUGGGAAUGAUGGAGGAGAGUCUCAGAGAGGGCAGGUCUUUGCACAUCCCAACCUUUACUGCCAUUCUUUAUGUAAAUCAUUGAAAUAUAUGAUAAUGUUUACUAAGUCCUUAGCCCGUGAAUUUAGAUGAAAAGCACUGAUCUUUCUAUCAUGAUACUGUAAAUAAGAAAAUGGACACAAUCAAAACUGUGUCUGAGAAACAAUUGAGUAUGGAUUUCCCUCCUUUGAGCUUGCUCAAGAGUUUCCUGGCUGUACUACUUUUGUUCAGAAUCUUAAAUGGAAAUCCCAACAUGCAUGGAAAAAAAAGCACACUGACCUUCAAUCAGCUUUACCCACAUUUUUUUGUCUUUUUUUUUUUACAGUGCAGACUGCCCUCCAGUGGAGGCAAACUGUACCAGCACACCUCAUUUUUGUCCAGAUAGUUUUGAUAGCACAAAAAUAUUAAGACAACCUCCAGAGAUGAAAUGACACAACAAAAAGGAAUGUAGUAGAAAUGAGCACAAAGUUUUCUCAAUUGGUGAGAUGAAAAAAUCAUGUUAAAAACAUUCCAAAGACUUUUUUUAAAACAAAGAUUGUAGGUGUUUAGUGGGAAAAAAAAUGGAGAAAUGUAUGUCAACAAGCACAUAUUAAAGUGCAAAGACAGCCUUCAAGGAAUCCUCCACCAUUCCCUUUUGAAUCUUAGAAAGUAACCCCCUUUUCCAACUUCCUAUUUUGUUUUCUUUUCGAGAAAUGUUUAAGGUGAUUAAUAUACAUGCUCAAUGGGUGCAAAAACCUAUAAUAAGUUCUUGGGGAAAAAAUAUGAGAAAUCUGAGAAGAUAUUUCUAUGCCAUUAUAAUUCAGUGUGUACUUGUGUCCACAUUUAUAGUCAUUGACAUAACUAUAUUUUGCCAGAAUACACACUUUUUUACAUAGCAAAACAUUGCAGUGCUAAAAAAGGUAUAAUCUUCAACCUCAGUAUGCCCUCUUACAUGGGUGUACAGGGCGACUGUUCUUGCACCUGCUAGAGCAGUUGAAACGAAGCCAAAUCGUAUCUCGCCGUACUGUCUUUGCCAUUUAUUUGCCCCCUUGAACCAGUUGAAUGAAUCUGUCCAAAACGUGUGCCAUCUAUAGGCCUGCUGUGCAGCAGUCAUACGCUCAUAUACAGUAUAUCUCCCAGUUCAAUCUGUGGAAGCUCUUCACCACCAAGACCAGAGGGACAACCACUGUAUUCACUCAAAGGAAUAAAAAUAUGAAAACCUGCCUUCUAAGUCAAAGGAGCUUGACUAAAAAUUCCAGAGAGGGCUACUGAACAAUUCAUGUAAAAAAAAAAAAAAAAGAAAAUGAAUGCAGAUCACACUCCAAUUUUAUCUAUUAACUCAAUGAUUCAUCUGAAUAUAUAAUGUGUGUUUUUUACAUUGUAGUGUUUGGCAUGACUUUAGUAUGAGGCAUUAGUACAAAUGAACCCAACCAGGGAUGCCCAAGAGCCCUGCACAACACGGAGAUUCCUUUUCCCUAGCUCACUGGCUUUCUGCUUAGCUGUGGUCUCACGUGCCUGCUAACAUCGUACUGUAAAAGGCAGAUGCCAAGUAAGUCCAGGCUAAAGCUGGAAGAGGGUCUUUGCCAGGGUUGGAAAAGAACACAAGAACAGAUCGUGCUAAAGGGCCUGACUGGAUUUAUGUUUGACUCCUUGCGUGCUUGUGUGAGAAAGGUGAGUGUCAGCAUGUCUGAAUUGUUAUCUAAGUAUGCCUGCAUGCUUGUGGGUGUGGGUGUGUACGUCCUCAGCCCUUUCCCACGGUUCUGUUCGCUCGCUGAUUGUUCGGCUCCCUCCUUGGUUGCUGCUCCGCCCUCUUCCCCAUCUCCACGGUGCCGGGCCUUGGUACACUCCCAUGAAACACUCAUGAAAAUACUCUCACACUCUCUGGUAACUGAACAAAUGGGGUUGAGGCUGAACAAACGGAGAUCCUGACAUGAGAACAUGCAAUGAGGUACACUGCCAUAACCAAGAGCUUCAACAUCCAGGGUCUGCCACCCUUCAGCUUAAAAGCGAUGUCCAGCCCUGAGUAAUUGAGAACUGUUGGGUCAGCUUGGGUAGAGCAACCGUCCAACACACCAUAUGUAUAGAUAUACAUGUGUAUGCAAACAACCAACUUGUUCAUUGUUUACCAUAGUAGCCAGAGUAUUUCCUCUAUGUCGUAGUGAAUGAACAGCCAUGUUAAAAGUUAGUCGAUGAGUGAAUAAUAAACCAAGAAAAACUAAGCAGCCGAUACAGGGGUUCCUCAGGACCAACAAACAAGACCACUGAACCAGCUGACUCAGGGGUGUCUCAAUGCAGUUCUCAUCCCCAGGCAUGUCCUCAAGGGUCUCCAUUUUUUUCCUUAACACACUGCAUCCUGGACCACUCCUCGGCUGGGACCACCAAAUUAUGGUUUGCACAUUUGUUUCGUUUUCUUGAGAAUGAUUAUUCAUUCUUAUUAAUGGGGGUGGGGGCCGUUUUUUGUGGUAGUUGGCUGCCUGGCGUACAGUGCAUCCUUUCUAAACACUGCUGACCCUUUCCAGACGUGGACACAUGUCCAAAUCAGGUGCAAAAACACUGUGAAACAUUCAUUUUCGAGUGCGUGUGGGACAACAGUAUUACAUAGCUUCUUAAACAAGAUUAUGUACAACUGGGUUGUAUUUCAUUUAGUGGUGCUUAAUGUCGUACAACACAGAUUUAUGCUUGCGUAACUGUUUCAUUAGAAUAGCAGCAAUGGCAGUUAAUUAAACUAAUUGAUUUUCAAAGUCUACAAAGAGUCUAUAUGUAAAAGUCUGGAUUUUUAUGAAACAUGCUGUAUAUUUUAGGUAUUUCAACAGAACAAUCAACAUUUUGCCACAUUCUGUAACUAAUAACAAUGAUUAGCUAGAAGCCACAUAAGUGGGUUUUGCAUUUUGUAUAUAUGUAGUUUUCUUUAAAUUAUACACGGGUUUCAAGCGCUAAGCUACACAAGAGUGUAGGGGGAAGCAGUUACUAUACUGUAAAGUGUAGUAUUCAUGCUGCCACACUUUAUACCAUACACAAGGUCACAAAGAAUUCCCCUACAGAGAAUUGUUUCUGUCAGGUUACCUGCCCAACUUGACAUCCCUUGACAGCCACAACACACAGCAAGAGCGUUUGAACAGCAAGCUUGUUCUUCUCAGUCCUUGUUGUGCCUUGUUACUUCGGGUGCUUCGAGCCAGCCAUGGCAGCCAGGUCCGCAAACAACAACGCCAGUGUCUUUCUUUACUCGUUUCAUGUGCCAGCACACUCACCAAGAUGACACCAAACAAUAUUGGCCCUGCCUGUGUUCCCAAAGUAGAUCAAGCCGCAAUCUCGGUUCUGUCAGCUUACACCUCAGUUGACAAAGCUAUUAAGUUUCAUCCAAGAUGUCACCUACAGGACUGCGCCGUUUCCUAGUUACAGUGUUACUUCACAGUGUGACAGAUCCAAGUGAAGGGCAGUCUGUAAAACCCAGUUACUGGUUCUGUCAAAGACACGGGAGAAAAAGUAAGGCAAUACUGAUCAUCUUCUGUACUUGAACGUAGGGUUCCUCAUCUUAAUUACUUUUCAGCAAGCUGAAUCACUACAGCCCCAGUGGACUCAGUUGGUAACAAUUAACAUUUUAGACAGAGCUCAAAACCGUUAGUUUCAGACUGUUUGAUGGCAAGUCAGAGCAAAUGCCAGCCACGAUACAUGACAAUAUGGUAAAUGAUUGUUUUGUACUUUUGUCUAUGCCUUUACAUUUUCUUCGGUCUUGCGAUUAUGAAUGAUUUAUAGUGCCAAGACGUAAAACUUUGUGUUAUUUGUGUCUCAUGUGAACAAUACAUCCUCUAGCCAAAACAACAAUGCCUGCAGUUUGAAUACAACGUGAUAGAAGUUGAUGAGAAAUUGCGCACUAAUCUGUUGCGUUUUUUUGGUUCGUUUGUUCAUUUGUUUUUUUUAUGCUGGAACGAUGAAACAGGCCCGAUUGCUGAUUCAAUUUUGAACAAUAACCUCAUUCCCUGGUAUUGGUACCACCUUCCAGCAUGCCUUUAGAACUCAUCGUGAGGUGACCCUCAACAUUUAGCAUGGAAGUGCUCUCGUCUGCACACCAAACCCCUCUGAUUUCUGCAUCAAUGUGUAGCAGCAGGCCACUGUAGUGUUUGACCUGGUUUAAGUCUAUACCUUUGUGUCGCAACCAUCUUUUUGAGCACAGGGGCAGUAUGUUCAGAUGACAAAACGGUGCAUUUUCUUCUUUAAAUUUUUUGUUCCUUAUUUCAGUUUUGUUAACAACCUGGUGCUGGAUCAUUCAAAAGGUGCUACCAAGGUGGACAGCUGAGUCCACCUUUUGGCUUUCUGAGAGCAUAGACUUCCAGUUAACUGAGUGAACCUGCACCCCAUACACUUGCAGUCUCAGAUAGCUCUACAGCCAGCACCUCAAAUCCGCAUAGUUUACAGCAAAACUCAACUCUCAAUGGUGCCAUUUUGAGUUUCCAAUCUACACAAACAAACAACAGAUACUUUACUUGUCACAUGUUUAUUACGCUAGAUUCAGCAUACCGUAUGCUUUUGUUUUACUGCGAUUCAAUCUGCACUAGGAUUUUUCUUUUUUCUGAGAGAAUGAAACUGGGAGAUGACAAAUGGCAUCUUAUAAGCAAACGCACAGGAGCACAAAUGUACUUCUGCUGGUGGAAUUUGGGUAAAAAAAAAAAAGAUAAUAAUAUAUAUAUAUAGAACGUGAUUGCUGUGUUGUAAAUUCCUGUCAUCUAUAUGUCCUUAAUCUGUGUGUAUCUAUUUUUGUUGUUAUUGUAGAAUCGGCUGUAAUAUUUUAUUUAAAAAUGGAUUUGAUAUUCCAAUGAAGCGACUAUGGUUGUUAUAUUAAUUGCUGCUGAUUUUUUGAAUUGUUAACAAAAGGUGUUGGGAAAUAUUGCUUUGUUUAUAUUCAGUCAAUUUAUAGAUUGUGUUAGCUUGUUGGUGUAUUUCACAAAUCUGUCAGGAUACUCCCUAGGCCAUAUGAUUUAUCCGGGGUAUUCGAAAAGUUGGCACAACGUUAGUAAUCAAACCUGCUACAAUAUGUAGCAUCUCUAUGGAAGUGGACAACAUAUAGUAUGUUGUACCUGAGAACAUAUAAAGAAUGAUUUAUUUGUUGUUGUUAAAUAUAAAAUGUAAGUAAAUUGUUUUAUGGAAUCCCCGUUCUUCUCUAAAAAAGCAAAACUGAUGUCCAGUAUUGUACCUACGCCCUAUUUUUGGGAACAAUAUGAAUAUUAUUAAUAACAUAUGGUGCUAAAGUUCUUUUUGUAUGUUUUGGUUUUUAGAUGAAAAGAGAAAUAUUAUGCUGAAAAUGUAAUGUUAAGCCUUACUGUAGAUUCAUAUAUCAGACUGUUCAUCCCAGAAGAGAAAAAUAAAUAUAGUAUUUGAAAGUGCAAA